GCUCCGGCUGAAAUAAUUCGAGUGCUCACGCUUCUUCUCGGAGUCGACGGGUCGACAGCCGCUGGCAACAUGACCAAGGAUACUCUGGUCCUGAAAGAGUUGGAGAUCACGCCGAACCGGGCCAUCACGCCAGAAUGGCGUAAGAAGGCUUACUGUGAGCUCGGGGAGAGCGAUGAAGUGCGGAAAGCGUCGCUUUCGGAGUUCAAACAGCUCGUGCAGGAGCUGCCAGAUUGUGUUCCACGACUAGAGGAGGACUUUCUCGUGCGUUUCCUCCGCGCGAAGAAAUACGACCAAGAGAAGGCCCUGAAGAUGUACAAGAAUUUCUUCAAGGUUCGCUUACUCGACCCGAAAAUCUACUCUCCAGUGGGCAAAGGCCCGAAGGACGUCGUGGAACUGUACAAACUCAAUGUGGGUUUUCUGCUGAAACAUCGGAAUCCGAUCAAUGGAGCUUGUGUCAUCGUUUGGCAGUUCGGACAGUGGACCCCCGAGACAGGAUAUGACUUGAGUCACAUCUACACCCCUACGAUUUACGCGGUCGAAUUGGCUCUGCGGGAUCCCGAGGUUCAGCUCAAUGGAUUCAUGUUCUUGAUCAACUUCAUAAACAUGGAGUGGCGGUUUCUGAAAGUUUUCGGGCUCAACGCCGUGCGGGCCUUGAUCAACACGGCUCAGGACGGAUACCCCGCUCGUUUCAAAGGUGCUCAUAUUGUGAACCACAGCCCAUUGUGGAACAUAGUCUGGGGAAUGGGACGACCAUUCCUGUCGUACAAGCUGCGCGACAGGGUUCAUCUACACGGAUCGGAUAUGUCCUCCCUGCACAGACACAUCGAUAAAUCCAUCUUGCCGUCUGACUUCGAUGGCGAUCAGCCACCAAUGAGCUCAGAUUGGUUCACGAAAGAGCUGUAUGAACAGCAUGACGACUUCGUGAAGAACUCGUAUUACGGUUAUGGCGUGAAUAACAAAGACGUCCAGAGUUAGCUCUCAAGAUGAUCCUAUCACGCUGACCGGUGUGUUCGAUCAGGAGGUUUUUGGCGAGAGCUUGACCGCAUCGGACCCGAUCUGGAGGCGGCAGGACUAUCACUUCGACGGAAAUCGAUAUAUUCAAAAAGCUAAUCUCUCGGCACGAAUUGCUCAAAAUCCCGGAUUCUCUGUAUUUUCUGCAAGUGCCUCGCAAGGCGCACUCAUGUUUUGAGAAUGCAGCUAGUCACCGGCGAGUGUUGGGAGGUAU